UUCAUGUCAAGUCAAUACUCAAUGCCUAAUUCUAAAUAAUUAUUUAUUUAUUUGUGUUUACGACUGCACAAAAAUUACAGAUCACAUUUUAAAAACGAUUUUUUUGAUUUCAAAUUUGAUACUUAGAAUCUUUAGAUCGUGUUAAACAUUAGAAGAAUUCGUAAAGCGCUUGGUAAAAAUGGUGGCCCUUGAAGCUGAUUCGAACCGGGACGACGACUGCGACAAUAUUGGCCUGGGAUGUGCUCUGGAGCACUUCUCCGAGGUCGAGGAGGUGUUGAACAUGAUAGACAACGUGAAAAAUGUUUAUAACACACCCACUUUCGAAGUGGAGUAUGAGAAACUCUACACAAUCUUGAAACAAUACUAUGAACAGCCGCAUCUUUUGGAUCCGCAUUUAGACAAGAUGCUGGCAAAGUUUAUGAUUAUUAUCAAUGAUAAAAGCACUCCAUUUGAGUUGAAACACGCAGCCUUCAACUACAUGUAUCAAAUCAUAAGAGUAAGAGGCUACAAAGUUGUGGUUCGCCAUCUUCCACAUGAGGUUACAGAUCUUCUGACAGUUCUCACAUAUCUGGAGGCCCAGGAUCCAAAUGACAAGGAGACAUGGAGGAGCAGAUUUGUACUACUACUGUGGUUGUCUAUAGUUGUUAUCAUUCCAUUCCACAUGAGCAGACUUGAUGGUUUCGCUCCAGAUCAACCAGGUGCUGGGACUUCAAAAAAAUUAACUGUGAUGGAGCGAAUAUUUAAUAUUUGCAAGACAUAUGCAUUAAGCAAGGACAGUUGUGCGGAAGCUAGUGCAUAUUUAGCUUCCAAAUUCUUGAUCAGGUCUGAUGUAAAAGAGUUAUAUAUGAGUUCAUUCUUCGAUUGGGCAUGUGACCUCAAUUCUAAUCUACAAGAGGAGGACAAUAUCCACUAUGGUGUGCUAGCCGCCGUGGCAGCAGUGCUCAAGCACGGCAAGAGGGACGAUCUCCUGCCCUUCACCUCCAAAUUGCUGGAGUGGGUCACAGCACAAAACUAUCAGCUCCAUAAAGCUAUGUUGGUCAGAAAAUAUGGGGUCAAGAUUGUGCAGAGAAUAGGUCUAACAUUCCUGCGGCCCCGCGUGGCGUCGUGGCGGUACACGCGCGGCUCGCGGUCGCUGGCCGUGACGCUGGGCGGUGGCGCGGCCGCGGCGGCGGGCGACACCGAGCCUAUGACGUCACCGCCCGACGAUGAUGACCAGGACAUUCCGCAGGAGGUGGAAGAUGUGGUGGAGCUCCUCCUUUGCUCGCUCCGCGAUGACGACACGGUGGUGCGCUGGUCGGCGGCCAAGGGCGUGGGUCGCAUCGGCGCCCGACUGCCGGCGCUCGCCGCGGCCGAUGUGUGCGAGAGUGUGCUGGUGUUGUUUGCGGAGAACGAGCGUGAUACGGCCUGGCAUGGCGGCUGUAUGGCACUAGCUGAGUUAGGACGUCGUGGGUUGAUCUCGCCGCAACAGCUGCGCGCGGCGGUGCGCUGCGCCGCGGCUGCGCUGGCGCGCGACGAGGCGCGCGCGGCGGGUGGCGGCGGCGGCGGCGGAGGGCUGGCGGCGCGCGACGCCGCGUGCCACGCCGCUUGGGCCAUCGCGCGCGCCUACGAUGCCGCCGCGCUUGCGCCGCAUGCCGAGCUACUGGCCAACGCGCUCAUUGCCACCGCUUGCUUCGACCGCGAGAUAAACUGCCGGCGCGCGGCCUCCGCAGCGUACCAAGAGAACGUCGGCCGCCACGGCCUGUUCCCGCACGGCAUCGACGUGCUCACGGCCGCGGACUUCCAAUCCGUCGGCCCGCGCAACCACGCCUACCUGUCGGUCGCGCCCUACGUGGCUUCCUUCCCGGAGUAUACCCAACCGUUGCUCGACCAUCUCGUGGACCUCAAGCUCGAACACUGGGAUUGCGCCAUACGAGAGCUGGCCGCUAAAGCGCUUACCAAACUUACUGAUAAGAUGCCGGAGUACGUGGCAACAGAAGUCCUACCCAAGCUAGUGAAGAAGACUGAAUCAAUAGAUCUCAAUAUUCGCCAUGGAGCUAUCCUCGGUAUAGGAGAGGCGAUAUACGCGCUCUCUCAAGCUGAAUUGCCUGAUGGUCGUAAAGGUGACACGUUGAUAAACGAGGAUCUAUGGAGCCGCGUGCGGAACUUGGUGGGCGGGUUGCGCUCUCGGCAGCUGCUGCGCGGCCUGGGCGGCGAGCUGAUGCGGCAAGCCGCGUGCCAUUGCCUCGCCAAGCUUGCGCUUGCCAAAACGCCGGUCGAUAAGGUAGACACUGUUGAUGAGUGGCUAAAUCUUAUAGAGGAUUGUCUUUCGCACGAGGUGCAAGCAAUACGCGAGAAGGCCAUCGAAGCUCUACCUCAUGUGUUCGAGCAGUAUCUGAAGCAAGACGAUAUGCCCUACGGAGACACCACGGCGAAGCAGAAACGGAUGCAGCUCGUGGAGAAAUACUGCAAGCAGUUGAGCAAUACCAGUGUUAACGGACUAUUUCUGAGAAUGGGAUACGCUCGGGCUCUUGGUUCUUUACCAAAAUUCGUGCUAGCGGAACAAAUGCAGCUUGUCAUACAAUCACUGAUAGAUUGCACAAAAGUGACUGAAGGAACUCAAAGGUGGGCCGAAGCGAGGCGCGACGCGGUGGUUGGCCUGACCGAAGUUUGCCAGACUUUGGGCCUCGGCGACGGCUUGGAGAGCUAUGUCGGAGUGAUGAGGAAAGCCCUGUUGGAAUGCUUGUCUGAGUACACUGUGGACAUGCGCGGGGAUAUAGGCGCUUGGGUCCGAGAAGCUAGCAUGACAGGCCUAUUGUCGCUGUGCCGGCAAUGCGCGCUGGGAGCGCCGCAGCUGAACGACGCGGCGGCCGUGGCGGCCGUGGCGAGCGGCGUGGCGCAGCAGGCCGUGGAGAAGAUCGACCGCACGCGCGCGCACGCCGGCCGCGUCUUCACCGCGCUCAUAUACAAUGAUCCACCUAUCGCCAACAUUCCUCACCACGACGCCCUGAAGCGCAUCUUCCCCUGCGAAGAGGUAGAAUUCCGCAAGAGCGACGAACCGGAGACAGCAAGCGAAAGCUCUGCGGUGGUGCUAUGGCUGUUCCCGGGACACACCAUGCCGAGAUUUGUGCAGCUACUGGCGUUCCCAACCUACAGAUACCACGUUAUCAAGGGCCUGGUUGUUAGCGGCGGGGAGCUUACUGAGAGCUUGGUAAAACACACAACACAAUCUCUAUAUGCGUAUCUGAACACACUGCACGAUGACAAGACGAUGUUGAAAAGCAUUUGCGACACCAUCAUACAAGUGUUCGCGGACAACUUGCACGUCAAGAGGAUCACGGGGCCCAUGUUCAACUUCUUGGACAGGCUGCUCAGCUCAGGUUCCAUAUCGCCGAUAUUAGAAGACCCAGAAUCAACUUUUGCUCUGGAUAUAUUAAAAUAUUUGCAAUUGGAACUAAGGGGAGGCAAAAAUAUCUAUAAACUUCUAGAUUCAAUUAAUGUACUGUGUCAGUUAAUUCAGGUGGGUGGAGUGGUGAUGUCGCGGUCUCUGGGGCAGCUGAUGAUCUACGUGUGCUACGCGGACCGCUACGUGCGGCGCUGUGCGGCCGCGCGGCUUUAUGAGGCGCUCACCCUGUACGGGGACCAGUGUGCGAUGGAACAGGAGGCGCUCGACCAGGUGAUGACGAUCCUCGCUGAGACUGACUGGGAGCAGGACGUGAACGAGCUGAGACCCAUCAGGAACGACAUUUGCGACCGGAUGGGCAUCAAACGACCCGUCAUGAAAGCCAAGGCUCAAGCGUCCUAAUUAUCUGUGAUUUCAAAUACAUCGUUGGUUUAAUUAUAUUGGAUUAACCGUUAGAUCGCGCUAGUGUCGCCCGACUCAAAGUCGCCACACUCUAUUUUGUAGGAAGAAAAUAUAACCAAUUAAUAUAUAAUGCGAUCAACAAACGGGAGAGAACAAAUCGAGCCGACUAAACUUUCUGCGGCCGAAAAAUUGUCACUAGGUUUAAUCGAGAAAUUAUUGCAUUAUUGCAUUGCAGUGAAUUAGUACCUAUAAGAGAGCUAUUUGAAACGAAAAUUGUGUUCUAUGUAGCUGUUUUUAGUGAUGAACGUGAAGUUGUAAAAAAAUGGGGGGUAUUCCACAAGAUUUUUGUUUGGAAUGUCAUUGGAGAAAACAUUUUUUUUUUCUCUUGUCUAAAUGGUCUAAAUUGGAUAAAGACACUAUUUAGUUAUCAGCGGUAAAAGUGAUCGGGCUCUCACCGGUUCUGAUUGCUCUAGUCUAUAAAAUAUGUAGACUGUCUCUGUUUGACUUAUCCAUAUUGA